AUGAGCGAGCUGCCGCCCGAAGUGCGCGCCUUCCUGCGCGAGCACCCCAGCCUGCGCCUGCAGCCCGGCGGCCGCAAGGUGAAGUGCGCUCUGACGGGCCACGAGCUGCCCUGCCGCCUGCCCGAGCUGCAGGCCUACACCGGCGGCCGGAAGUACCGGCGGGCCCGCGCGCCCCCUGCCUUCGCCUACGCCGACUUCGAGCCGCACAUCGUGCCCAGCACCAAGAACCCGCACCAGCUGUUCUGCAAGCUCACCCUGCGGCACAUCAACCGGUCCCCGGAGCACGUGCUGCGGCACACGCGGGGCCGCCGCUACCAGAAGGCCCUGUGUAAAUACCAAGAGUGUCAGAAGCAGGGCGUGGAGUACGUGCCCGCCUGCCUCCUGCACAAGAGGCGGCGGAGGGAGGACCAGGCGGACAGCGACAGGCCGCCCCGCCGGAGGCCAGCCUUCUGGGAGCCCGAGUCCAGCGACGGUGAUGGCACUGCCCCGAGCGACAGCGACGACAGCAUGGCAGACCUGUACCCACCUGAGCUGUUCACCAGGAAGGACCGGGCAGGGGCCGAGCAGGGGGACAGCGCUGACGACGUUCUGACCGAUGAGGACGAGAGGCCGAGGCAGCCGAGAGAAGAGGCCGCUGGGGACGGAGAGGGGACGGGCGGGGCCCUCAAGCGCAGGAAGAAGCAGCCGGGCCCGUCAAAGAAGUUCAAAAGCUGUCACCGCAAGCCCAAGCACGUCCGCUCCUUCAAGCAGACGGGGUAA